CGGAACAGGGAGGCACAGCGCUGCUUCUCACAGGGCGGCAGGGCUCACGGCUGGUCUCUCCGUGGCGCGGCUCCCACUCGCAGGCAUGAACGACAUCAAGCUGGCCCUGCUGGGCAGCGAGGGAGCGGGGAAGUCAGCUGUCUUAGUGCGGUUCCUGACCAGGCGAUUCAUCGGAGAGUACGCCUCCAAUUCCAAUUCCUUAUACCGUAAAAGGCUCUCCAUCGAUGGCAGGCAGCUGAACCUGGAGGUCUUUGACCCAUGCUCUCAGGGUGCGGAGGGCAGGUGCAUCCUGGAGGAGCCAGUUAAGUGGGCGGAUGGCUUUGUCGUGGUGUAUAACAUCAGCGACCGCUCCUCCUUCUUCAGUGCCAAAAAUAUCCUGUGCCAGAUCAGGGAGGCACGUGUGGAGAGCUGCAAGGGGGAGACGGAAGUGCCCGUCUGCCUGGUGGGGAACAAGCAGGACCUCUGCCACGCCCGGCAGGUGUGUGAGGAGGAGGGCCGGUCUGUGGCCCAGGAGAACCGGUGCCUCUUCCAGGAGGUGUCGGCAGCAGAGGACUAUCAGGAGAUCGGCAACCUCUUCACCAAACUCAUCCGUCAGGUGAUGGAGCACCUGAAGGUCCGGGCCGAUCGGCGCCGCUACAGCGGCUCCAAGUCCAUGGCCAAGCUCAUCAACAACGUCUUUGGUAAGAGGAGGAAGUCUGUUUGAGAGUGGUGCGGGGAUCGGCACUGCGCCCCCUUGUGGAGAGUGGCCGCAGACAGCCUCUGGUGGCCCUCCCAGACAGAAGCGGCUUGUGACAAUGGUAUUCCAGUGCAAAUAGAAUGCCUCCAGGAGAAAGGUAUUCUGGGAUGGAUGGAGUGGAAGACCCAGGACAAUUCACAUUCAGUCAGGUUCUUGAGAUAUGUCACUCUUAAGAAGAAUUACGAGAAUAUUGUAUUACUCCGUUUUUUUUUUUUUUUUCACAAAUAAUAACAUUCUCAUUUGUAUAUUCAGUGUUUAUUCAACUUUAAUUGCUCAUCUUAUGCAAUAUGUCAAUUAUAGUUUCAAUAUCUUUAUGAUGUCACUGACAUGUAUAUAUUUUGAUUUUAUAUUAUCUAGAUUGGCAGAAACCAAUGCCCUGUACAACAAAAUGGCCUAGAACUUCUGUACAAUUGCAGAGAUUGAUGGUGUCAUUGUAGGACCCCAUUGUAUGUGAAAUAAAUAAAUAAAUAAAUAACACUUGGGACUGUC